GGGAAGUCCACAUUUGUCGAUAUUCUCAAACAAGCUGAUGAGGAAUGGGAGGUUGUUCCUGAGCCUGUAGCUAGAUGGUGCAACGUUCAGCAAAACUCUGAAGAGGAUUGUGAGGAGCUGACCACGUCGCAGAAGAGUGGCGGAAAUGUGCUUCGGAUGAUGUAUGAGAAACCAGAGAGGUGGUCCUUCACUUUCCAGACAUAUGCGUGUCUCAGCAGGAUCCGAGCUCAGCUCCGAUCCCUGGAUGGCAAACUCAGAGAGGCGGAGAAUCCUGUGGUCUUCUUUGAGCGGUCGGUCUACAGUGACAGAUACAUCUUUGCAGCUAAUUUAUAUGAGUCUGAUUGCAUGAAUGAAACUGAAUGGACUAUUUACCAAGACUGGCAUGACUGGAUGAAUAAGCAGUUUGGUCAAAGCCUGGAGCUGGAUGGCAUCAUUUAUCUCAGAGCCACUCCUGAGAAAUGCUUAAAUAGGAUUUACUUGCGUGGAAGAGAUGAAGAACAAGAAAUUCCCAUUGAAUAUCUGGAGAAACUUCACUACAAACAUGAAAGUUGGCUUCAGCAUAGGACACUGCGAACGGAUUUUGAAUAUCUACAGGAAAUACCUAUUUUAACAUUAGAUGUUAAUGAAGACUUCAAAGGCAAGAAGGACAGAUAUGAUCACAUGACUGAAAAGGUCAAAGAAUUUUUGAGCACGUUAUAAUCCUCUUUGAAGCACAGGCAGAGUCAAACUGUUCCAAACAUCUGUGUGAUCAAAGUCUGAAGUACAGCUUCUGCUUUUAUAGAAGGCCUCUGGAGAGGCAGGACUCAAUCCUGUUGGUUUAAUUGUGAGGAACAAACAAAAUUUGUGGAUAGGGAAAUUAUUAAAUAAAUCAGUAGGUCUGAUCAGUAUUAUAUCAAGUAACACACACCAAUUCUGAAGAUAUUAGAAUUCUGAGAGUUCCCAAAUUUUGUGCCUGUUUUUAAUCAGACCAGUAAGUUAUUCUGGAGUAUUUUAUUGGAUUUUGGGGUUUUUUUUGGUUUUUAAAGUUUAUUUU